AUGCGUUCUAGAGUUGCAAAACUUACAAGAUUUCCCAAAAAGGUUGUAGAACACAGCGAGCCGAUACAGGUAAUUAGCCUACUCCAUCCAGUCCAAUUAUAUAUCUUCUUCAUUUUGUUCCUGAAAUUAAAUUUAAGUAUUUAGAUACAUGAACUAUAAUCAUCUGAAUAUUAUAUAUAACGAAUAAUAUUUAACAAUUAUUCGUCGAAGGCGAGGUGAUUAUUGGAGAAUAUUCGUCGAAAUUCCACAAAAUGGCUAGCCGCCAUUUUAAAUAUUUCGGUUUUGUUAUAUUCACCUGUAAGUGAAUACUUAACAAUUAUUCGCCGAAGGCGAAGUGAUUACCGGUGAAUAUUCACCGAGACGAAGUCGAGGUAAAUAUUCACCGUAAUCACUGAGCCUGAGGCGAAUAAUUGUUUGGGUAUAAGUUUUUAAUGAUUAAAACAAAAUAUCCAAAUAUCAGUUCGUUUAAAAUUCCGAAAUAAAACUGUUUUCGGCCUCUUCUCGGUUACUAUCACUAAUAGUGUUGCAGUGUUUCUUGUACGCACACGCUUCCAAAAUAGUAUCGUACAAGUUGAGAAAUCUAUGGGAUACAAAACAAAAUGGAUUUAAAAGAAUAUCACGGCAAAGUUUUUUCCAUUGAACAGUCUGGAUACUUUUUUCUAUUUUUUUGAAAACAAAAACUCCGGUUUUAAAUAAGUUUCAAAUUGUCCGUGAAUGUGUUUGACACAGUAAAAUAAUAAAGGAAUCUUACCUUUCAAGUUAAUACAACAUUUUGUACUUAUUUCGUUUUCUGGGGACGAUUUUUUCAAUAUUUUGUCGAUUUUGAAACUAAAUUUGCCUAGUCAUUCUUUUUGAAAAGCAUUAUUUACUUAUUUCUACACAGGUGCCAAAUAAUGCCUCAGAUUGAUUAGUCAACUAGCCAAUCAGAACGAGAGAAAGCUCAUUUAAUAUGCAAAAAUUAUACUAAAACAGUUAAUUAAUACGUCAAAUUUGACGAGUCAAUUCUUCACGAAUUACUAUUGAGUUUUUAACUAUAGUUAGUCUGAUUAUGUCCGUUUUAAUGUAACGAUUUGUUACCCGAAAAAAUUUCACAUGUGCAUUUUCUGAAAUUUUGCAAAUGCAAAGCAAUUUUCUGAAAUUUUCGGUAACAUUUUUAACUAUAUACACCUACGCCUGUAUUAUAAGAGCUCACUCACACUCAAAGAGUGAAGGGUCAAUUUAAGCUUCACGUGACUGUCAUUGCUGUUUAUGAAUAGCUGAGGGGUCAGUAGUCACAAAAAAAACCCGACAAUAACCCUCCAGCUAUUCAAAAACAGCACUGUCUGUAUUCAAGGGAAGUUCAGAUUGAACCUCCAUAUUUUGAGAGUGAGUGUGCUUUUAGAAUACAGGCGAUGUUUUCCUCCAGAUGUUUCAAUUAGUGAUAUAAAAAUACUUCUCUGUUCAGGUGGUAAAAUAUGAAAGUGAUGCUCACUAUGACUGCCAUCAUGACACUCAAAGUCUUUCAAAGGAUCUACCUUGCUGUCAAUAUGGCUCGUCAAAUUGCAGACUUUGCAGGUAAUAUAAAUCACAGAUUGGUUUCAAUUUCAUUAAUCGUUUCAUAGUUCGUGUAAGGCAUCUUUUAAGCAGAUGCUGCUAUUUUCAGUAGUCUGCAUGCUUGCUAAGUUAGAAUUUCAAAUUAUAACGUUCAAUAUAUAGGCGACUUGCAGUAAGAUGUCACGUGAUCACAAACUCUUAAAACAACACGUGCGCGGAAUUAACAACUUAUCAAAUGAUUAAGGAGUGUUGCUUUGAAUAAUAUUUUGGAAUUUUUCUCUUCAAAACUUACAUUGAUUAGGAGGAAAUGGCAAUAUUAGAACGGGUCACGAGGCUGAUAUAAACGUUUUAUGCGUGUACGAAAUCUAUUUAAACGCAGUACUUUUCACGAAAACUAGUUUUAUAAGACGAAUAGUGAUUUUUCACGGCAUUUAAAGUACUGUUUAGUAAACGAGCAGGAGUGUUUUAUUAGGUUUAAAACCACAAGCGCGCAGCGCGAGUGGCUUUAGACUUAAUAAAACACGACCUGCGAGUUUAUUAAACGGCUUCAAACACGACUACAAAUUCAAUAGAUUUACUGCCUUGUCAGUAUUCUAUAUAUAAAGAAUACUAAUGAGGACACGACUACAAUAGAUACUGCCUUAUUAGUAUUCUUUAUAUAAAGAGUACUAAUUAGGAGUUUUUGAUCAGGUUUAAAGCCACUGCACGUGAUAUAUUAUGGUUGACAUGAUUUGCCAACAAGCUUAUGAAUUAUUAAUGAUGUUUGAAUGUAUUUUAAUUUGCGCCGCUACGCUCCAAGGUUUAAUUUGUAUUGGCCCAUAUUUAUUGGAAUCCUAUUGAAAAACAACUUUAUUUAUUUUGUUCAUUUAAACGAAGUAAGUCAGUAUAUCUUGUGAAAUGUUGCGUUUUUUAUACAAAAUGUUUGCAAUGAAAGUAUAUUCAUCAGAUCAUAGUUAAUUAAUAGAGGAGAUGGUUUGGAAACUCAUUAGCAUUACAAUAAACCUCACUAUAUAUGUUUUUGUUCAUGUUUAUGCAAAAAUGUGGUCUUUCGUCGUCACGUGCGUAUUAUAUUUUGCUCAACCAUCCAAUAGCAACGGUUUUGUCUAAUUGGCCAUCCAUGACUUUAACAAUAGGACAUUUUGAUUAUUCCUAUUGGUUGACUUGAGAAAAAUACAAUACGCACGUGACGAUGAAAGACCACAUUUUUGCAUACUUCCUGAACAACAUAGAUAAUGAGGUCUAUAUAUUGUGAUUUUAUUUUAAUGCUAACGAGUUUCCAAACCAUCUCCUCGAUUAACUAUGAUCAGAUAUACAGCCCAAUGUAAACAUUAAAUGUAAAUACAAUCGUGCAAAUGAUCACUGGCAUGAUAACUCGUCCUUUAAAGAACCGUUUACAAUGGCAUCGUAUAUAAUCGUUCCACGACAUUGCAAGUCUUAAAUGCUAACAAUCUGAAAUUUUACUUAAAAUGUCACCCUAUAUUUGAAUGUUUAAAAUACAUAUUCACUUUCUUAAGAUGUUUAAUUUAAGAUCUCGUGACCAAGUCGCAAGGAGUGAAGUAAGCAAAAAUUAAAAAAACAAAAUAUAUGACUGAGAGCUUGGACAUCUAUUCAAAUCACGAGUUGUAAAUCACUUUUUCAAAUUUUAAGAGACGAUAAGUAUGUGCAAUCCAGUAGUAUAGGCUAAGUUUGUUUUUGCUGUUCUUGUGUGACUUUGCUGUCCUAUUUUCGUCGGUGAAGGCCUUGAACAUGUACAGCUUUUCUUUCCAUUCUAUGUUAAAGUUUCUUUGAAUUAACUGGUUUCAAUUUUUUAUAAAAGCUCAAAAAAAGGAGAAGAUUAUUUUCAAGAACGAAUUGUAUGACUUAACUUUAUUUCGUUUCAAAGUAAAAGUAUUAAUAAAUUGAGGAUUUUUCGGUAAAAUUCAAAAAGCUGUUAAUUUCAAAAUGUUUUCGAAGCGUUUCGUACUGAAUUUUACAUUAUAAUAAAACACAUAGAAAGGAAAAAUCGAUAGUUCUGUGGUUGAAAGCGUAAAACUUUCGUUUAUUUCUGCCAUUUUGGCAAAAAAUUAAGAAAACAGUUGUAGUGUUGCCAUGACUAACAUGACGCGAGCAUGCGUUCCGUGUUGGCGUAAUUAGAAUUCUUCGAUCAUGUUGAAACAUUAAUGUUUGGAAAAUGUGGGCGAGGGGUUGUUGCAUGCAUGCAUGCAUGUAUUUCGAGUAUCGAUUAUAAACCACACUAAGUUCCAAGUGCAUGACUAUCAAUUAAAUGCUUUACGAUCCAAUUGUUAAUUAUUUACAGAUAUUUAACAAUAAUGGUGUUCUUAAACGAAGACUACGAAGGUGGAGAAAAAUGUUUUCCUUUGGCGGACAACAAGACAUUUUCUCAGAAGGUAAGUAGUCGUGAUAUCAAGAAUAGAGAGUUUAAGUUCGACUUCCAAUACCAAUACCGAUACCGAUGUUUUCACCACCGUUCUCAUUUUGGUACUGGGAAUUUUAAAGCGUUAAAUUAUCACGACAGAUAAAGUAUAGAACACAUUAAUCGUCACCGAAAAUGUGCGGUAUACUAAACGGCAGCUGAGCUAAAAUUCCGACUGAAACAUGACUCAUGCGAUGCUAAUAAACAAAUAGUUUACAUGUUUAUCGUAAAAAUUAUGAAAUAUCCGAUUUAUAUGAGUUUGUCUUACAAUUCCCCCGACUUCCAGUACAAGGCCGAUUUCGGUAGUGGUGACUUCCAAUACACUUGUCCUCGUGCUUCUUGCAAGCAGAGAGCAUGCGCAUGACAUGUUGUUAGUAUCGGUAUUGGUAUCGGAAGUCGAACUUAAACUCUCUAUUAUUGUAAGGUAGUUUUGAUAUCAAGAUUAUUCCCUUAGAAAAUGUGACGCUUUUGCGUGCGCUUCAAAUUUAUUUUGCGUGCGCCCAAACGAUCCUCGAUAAUGUGAUUGAGCGGACCAAGUCACGAAUAAUUAGUUAUAUUUAUAAUAUAAAAAAAACGAAACUGAUAAGUUAUUCCAGUAUUUUCAGUUAAAUACGUCAUGCGAACAUUUUGUUCUACUGUAGAAUCCCGAUUUUGUCCAAUGUUGACUAAUAGGAGGCACCAUAGUUUAAUAAACAUGCUAAUUACUUUUCCAUAUUAGUCAACAAUUAUAGGUUGAGCAUCAUGUGAAGAAUUAUAUCAAGCGUUUCUUUUAAACCUGCGAACACGUCCGAAGACGCCGUACAACAUGAUUUCGAUCAAUAUGAUCUUUUUUCAUAUCAACAUUAUGACGUCACUUCGGUGAAACCCCAUAUUUGGUAAACUAUUGAGUUUCUACGACGAUUUCACAGUUAGCAAUAGCUAAUACAGAAAUUAUAAACCUUUAGAUUUUAAAAACCAUAGUAAACAAUAAUUGGCUGAGGGAUAUAGUGCUUCGCCAAGGAUAUCCGGAACUGAGAAACAAAUCAUAUUGCCCGGUAAUUACGUCACAAUUAUACUGUUUUCAACUUGGAACCACUUUAAAUGGAAUGGAUUUCUCACAGGUUUGUUUCUCACGGGUUAUGGUUGGAGGAGCAGAACAUCCUUCUUCAACACAUGCACAAAAAUGAAUUUUGCAUUUUGACCAAUAAAUGUAGAAAUAAGCUUAAACACGAAGGCUAAGGGGCCAAGCCCCAGUGUAGUUGUGAAACAGUGUAGUUAUGAUGUAAUUAACGGAAAGGUCCAUUGUGACAUAAACGAAAACAAAAAACAAGAAUUCGUUUUUUAAGUACCUUCUUCCGUAACAUCAAAAUUCCGUUCGAGACGUGAUUUAGGCCAGUUUCGAGCGAAGUAUUAUUCAUGUGCCGAACUUAUUUUUAUUAAACGCGACGCGCUGCAGCGUUACAAGAACGGCACCGAUUCAACCGGUGUACAAAAUAUAAUGGACGAGACACACCGAACGCGCUUCGAAAACGCUACGCCGUUUUUCGAUUUUCACAGACCGAUGAAAAGUUGUGGUCCUGGUUUAAGUUUUUCGAAUAUUUAGAAGCUCUAUAAAAUUUUGAGUCAUUUGGUAUGCAUGUCUUUAAUAAAUCCUUUCAUACAUUGACUGUUUUAUUAAGUUUGAACAAACUGGAAAAUCGACCCGUGUUGUCGACUCGCGUCCGGUACGUGUGUCUCGGUUUUAAUGUUGUUGACAGGGUUGAGGCGUUUUCGCGAGCGAAUCUUAAAUAAAAUCCUAAAUAACAAGUAACUCAAUUUUUUAAAAAUAUUACAAGAUUGCUAAUCUAGUGUUUUCAAUUUUAAAAGUUGAAUAAGGCUCAGCAAACGAGUGGAGCAGCGUAUGAAUCAAUGUCGUUGCACAGUUCAACAAGCUCUGCUGAACCUGUGUCGAACUUUUUCCUCUCCAAAUUCUGCCGUAUUUAAUUAAUUCAUUCGUCGCUCUCCUGCCUUAGAUCAGGGCGAAGGGAGAGAGGGCGUAGAAACGGCCAUACAUCGAGCGGACCCAUCCGUGAUGCGGGCUUCGCGGGGGGUAAGACGUUCUAAUUGUAAACGAAUACUGAUGGCUACGCGUAUAUGACCCAUCAGAAGGUAUGCUGAAACUAUUGCUUUAUAAAAUAUUACUUGUGUAAAAUUUAUAUGUUUUUGUUACUUUCAGCUAUUAUAAGAAACUUAAAGAUAAGAUUUAAGUAAGAAAAAACUUUAUUUCGGGUGUUAUUUUAUUUAUAUACUCUGUUUAAUUUGGUGGUUAAAAAUGGCCGUCGAAAUGUUGCCCGAGAAUGUUAGCGCGCACUGCUUCCUGAUAAAAACCCAAUGAUUUCCAAAACCUAAAUUAUAAUUUGUUAUUAAGUUAUGAUGAAAACCUUUGCGUAUACAAACUUAUAGAGUGAGCAAACAUGAGACAGAUAGGUUUUGAACCUUUCAAAGUUCGAGGUCGAAUUGACAGUUAAAAUAGUACAAAACUCCAAGCUGAAAUGUGCAACUAAAUCGUGUAUAUUUAUCAAUAUUGUUCGCUGGCUUUGUUAAAUUCACUUGCAAUGGCUCGACAUAAGUUACAACAUACAAACUGAGCAGAGCCCAUGAAAGAGCUAUCCAUAGUCCAUACCCAUACAGUCAUUCAGCUUCCUUGCUAAUUAGAAAUUGUUGCCCAUUAGUUGAAGAAGAAUUGCUAUUGUAUGCGCUUGUUUGCACUUCCUUUUCUGAAAAAAGUCUACAAUAUUAAGGCUAAAUAGCAGAAAAAUAUGACCCAAUCAACCCAUAAUUUAGUGACAGAUCUUGGGAUUGGUAUACUACAAAACUAUAUUGACUGAAGUUUUGGAAAAAUUUAGCCAACUUUUGAAGGAUUUUAUUAGGUCCAGUUCACAUGAGACUGGAACGAAGUCAAUUAACCGGGACCAUUUCGUUUUGGUUAUUAGAUUAUAUAUGAUAGAUGUUUACAUGUGGUCUCAAGUCAUUCCGCCUGCUGGACCAAGCCGACUGAGUCAGACCAGUAUGAAUUCAGACUGGAAUGAAUGUUGACAUUGGAACAAGUGAACAACACAUGCUAACAAAAGUCAUCUAAAAAAGAAAAUUGCCUGGCAAGGGGAAUAAAUUGAAAAUUUUGUGAUUUUCGCACUGGUCUCAUGUAAACAUGUUGACAUGCAAUUUCAAUUUUCAUUCCAGGUUGGUUUCAUCCUGGUCUCGUGUAAAUGGGGCCUUACAAACUGUGAUUCAGUAUCAUGGGAUGAGAUUAGGGGCCUGUUUAUAUGAUCCCGGCCAGGCGGGACGGGAUGCUUACCGAGAUCCAAUGUAAUACAAAUGCUAAAGAGUGUUUACACUCGUAAUACAAAUGCUAAAGAGUGUUUAUAUGAUCCUGCCACUUAUCCCGCCUAGACUGGAUUUCGGCAACAGAUGCCGGGAUCCUGCCUAAGCGAGAUGAAAAAUUCCCAUAUAAAAACACUUUAUCCCGCCUAGCCGGGAUGAAAAAUUCCCAUAUAAACACUUCAUCCCGGUUAUAGGCGGAAUGAAUUUUUCCCUUUUGGGCAUGCGUAAAUGCCUUUAUUGCAACAAAAAUAUGACGUCAAGCACCGAAUGGUUUUAUCCCGGCAAUGUAUUUUGUCCAUAUAAACACAAGGCGAGUAUCCUGUCUUGGUGGGAUGAAAACGUCCCAUCUAGGCGGGAUCAUAUAAACAGGCCCUAAGGAAUUGAAAGAUUUUAUAAGCGAGCAAUGCUUAAAAGCAAGAUAUAUAAACAAUGAAAGAAAUGGCACUAACAGAGCCACAACUUCUCCAGAAGUGUAAAAUUCCAUGAUACUGAAUCACCGUUUGCAAGUCAAUCCUUCAAAAUUUAGUUAAAUGUUUCCAAAACUUCAGUCAAUAUAGUUUUGUAGUACACCCAUCUUAAGGGUUCCUUUCAGCUUUCACCUUGCCAAGACCUGUCACUAAAUUAUGGGUUGCCUGAAUAGAUAUAUGGUCAUGAUUUUUGAAGUUAAUUUGAUAGAUAUUUUUAAUUGCAUGGAUUAAUGGGUCAUAUUUUUCUGCUAUUUAGCCUUAAUGUAGACUUUUUUUAGGAAAGGAAGUGCAAACAAGCGCAUACAAUAGCAAUUCUUCUUCGACUAAUGGGCAACCAUGCACUUCUAAAUAGCAAGGAAGCUGAAUGACUGUAGGGGUAUGGAUAGCUUUUUCAUGGGCUCUGCUCAGUUUGUAUGUUGUAACUUAUGUCGAGCCAUUGCAAGUGAAUUUAACAAAGGCCAGUAAACAAAAUUGACAAAAAUAUACACGAUAAAGUUGCACAUUUCAGCUUGGAGUUUGGUACUAUUUCAACUGUCAAUUCGACAUCGAACUUUGAAAGGUUCAAAACCUAUCUGUCUCAUAUUUGAUCACUCUAUAAUUUUGUCUACGCAAAGGUUUUCAUCAUAACUUAAUAACAAAUUAUAAUUUAGGUUUUGGAAAUCAUUGGGUUUUUAUCAGGAAGCAGUGCGCGCUAACACUCUCUUACAACAUCUCGACGGCCAUUUUUAAACACCAAAUUAAACAGAGUAUAGAAAUAAAAUAACACUCGAAAUAAAGUUUCUUAUAGUAGCUAAAAGUAACAAAAGCAUAUAAAUUUUACGCAAGUAAUAUUUUAUAAAGCAAUAGUUUCAGCAUACCUUCUGAUGGGUCAUAUACGCGUAGCCAUAUUUGUUUACAAUUAGAACGUCUUACCCCCCGCGAAGCCCGCAUCACGGAUGGGUCCGCUCGAUGUAUGGCCGUUUCUACGCCCUCUCUCACUUCGCCUAGCUUAGAUGAACUUGUUUUUGGCAAUUGUUACUUCAUUUGCUCCUUUCCAAAAUAGGACUUACCCAAAGAGUAUCUCAAGAAAUGUAAUUUGGCUAGAAGCUGCAAUGAAUGCAACGUACUCGUAAAACCAAAACUUGGGAAGGCUGUAAUGUGGUACAAUCACUUAUUGAAUACACAGACUGCUUGGAUCGGUGCUCUGGAUGCGUUUUCCGGCCACGGUGACUGUGUAUCAAAUGGUGAGAAAUGGAUUGCAAAUAUUUGGAUAGAUAUCAUUGGAGACGGUAAACACGAGUUGAGGUCUUGGAAAAGUGGAACUAACUGGAUUAAACCUGGCAAUAAGGACGUGGAAGUUUACACAGCUUUGGGUAAUCCAGAUUUGAAACCUAAAUCGGAUUAUUCCCAGUUUAAAGAAAGAUACUCUUCGGCCAAGAACAUGGGACCUGAUGCAAAUGUCAAGAUUGGCGACGUUAGACUGCAUUUCAAUAAUAUUGGUGAGGAUACUGUGACUAGAAGUAAUGUUGCAGGAGCGAAAGAAGAUACAAAUUUAGAACAUACAAAGAUCCUCCAGUCAGUACUAUUACUGUUAGAUGAACUAAGGCAGAAUGAACUAGAUGUUGUUGCUGACAGGUUAAGAAAACGAAUGUCACCAACAACUGGACUCUAAUGCGGUGUAUAUUACGUGAUCGGAAUACGUGUAUUUUAGCAUCAAAAUUUCCAAGCUUGACUUUUUCUCGAACGAUCAUAACAACGACAGAGAAAGCAACUAUUUUCACAAUAAUAGCUCAGGCACACUUUUUUAUUGUAGAUUUAAAAGAAUGCUAUUGGGCGGUAAGUCGGAAGAAAAAUAAGUAAAAAGCUAUCAGACUAUGGUCUGCCUUUCUCAUCUGGAACAUCUUUUAUAUGAUAUUCCAGCGGUAUUUUGAAACGUUAAACGAUUUUAUCAACUUAGCGACUCCCAUGAGGUAGCUGUGUUCAUUGUGCUAUAAUUUUGGAACUUUGUGCUUCAUAGCCAGAAAAGUAGCAAUUGUCAGAG